AUGUCGCUUCCAUUGAACCUGGUACCGCCCAUUUUUGCCAUGGCCCCAAUGGUGACGCAAAGCGACCGACCUUUCCGUCGCCUGGUCAGGGCACACGGGUGUACGCUUUGCUACACCGAGAUGCUGAUGGCAGAUCGCUUUGCGCAAUGUGAGGACUACAGAAAAGCUGCUUUGGGCAAAGGUGUGUGUGCUGACGAUCAUCCGUUGGUUGUGCAGCUUGCGGCAAACGAUCCGACAAUGUUGCGGGAUGCUGCACGUUGGGCACAGAAACUUGGUGCUGACGCUGUUGACUUGAACUUGGGAUGCCCGCAGGGGAAAGCCAAAACAGGAAACUACGGUGCGUGGUUGGCCUCAAAUCGAAACAAUUGGCCCUUGAUCGAGGCCAUGGUCGCAAAGUGUGCAAGAGAUUUGGAGAUUCCAAUUUUCUGCAAGAUUCGGCUGCAAGCAACAGAGGCUUGUAGCCAAGACUAUGCACUUCGUUUGCAAGCUGCGGGGUGCGCUCUCCUGGCGGUGCAUGGCCGGCGCCUGGAGAGUGCGAAAGAACGACGUGGUGGCGCAGCAGAUUUGGCCACUGUCAGUAAGCUCAAAGCAGUCUUGCAGAUACCAGUGCUGUCAAAUGGCAACGUGAAAAGUGCUGAGGAUGUUGAGAGGAACCUGGCCUUCACCCAAUGUGAUGGUAUUAUGGUGGCGGAGCAGCUAUUGAGGGAUCCAGCGCUGUUUCAAAGAGCGUUUAGCACCACACCUUCCACGCCAUAUGGGAAGGCCUUGCCAGCGGCCUUGCCUCUCAUUCAUGAAUAUUUGGAGCAUUGCCUGCAGCUCGAUGCAGAAGAGUGCUUUUCUGUUUGGGAUCUGCGAAAUGUGGACGUUUUGCGGAACCAUUUGAGGUCGAUGCUUACUGGCGCUGUUGGAAGUGAAGAGGCUGAGGAGGGCACACAGCGCUUGCUGACGGAUCUCCGUGAUCGUGCACGUGGAAGGUACAUCCUAGAAUGGUGGCGCCUUCAGCAGGCCUCGUCUGUGCAAGAGGUGGUGAAGCUCUACAGGGAGAAAUGCGGCAGCAUUGGCCAGGCUGAGCAGGCCUUCAUUUUGUGCAGCUUGAACGUAUGGGCGAGAGAGACGGCUGAUUCAAAAAUGUUCUCUGUGCAGACGCUAGAUAGACUGAUUCCAUUCUAA